AUGCAGCCCGCGUGUGUCAGGGCCGACUCGCUGCUCCUCAGCCGCAGCCCCGCCGCCACCGCCACCGCCAGAGACCAGGAGCAGCAAGUGCAGCUCCGGCAGAAGCUGCGGGAGCUGCCAGCCUUGCUCCGGAGCGGACUCACGCUGCGCAGGAAGAACUCCGCCGCUGGAGGCCGGAUUAUAUCCAGAAGGAUUUCAAAUCCAUAUCUGGAGAAUCCUUCCAGCAAGGUUUACAGUGAAGAUGCCGUAUGUGCUGGGAGAGCUCUCAGAAAUGUUUUCAUUCUACAAGCUUCCGAUAUGAUGAAAGAUAGAAUGUCCUUGGUGGGACUUAGCAGGAGAAGUUGCAGUGGAUCCGAACUCAUAGACUGGCUCUUAACGUACUGCCCUUUCAUUAAGAGCAGGUCUACAGCAGCUGGUGUCUGGCAGCUCCUAUUGAACAUGGGAAUUAUGUUAUCAGUGGACAGACAGAUCUGUUUUCAAGAUAACUAUGCUUUCUACCAGUUCUCUGCUGAUGAGUGUACAUAUCUUUUCUGUGAAUAUGAACGAGAUGAAGGAUGGAAAAAUGGUGUUAAACUUUUAUUGCAAUUAGUGCCUGUGAUUCCUCCGAGGAUUAGUGCAUGCAAUCUGAACAAUCAGAAAAUAGAAGACACAACUGAGACCAAUGCUGAAAUUCUUGCUCGUCUAACUUCUGCGGUGCAGAGAGAACUGGCUGCUGUUCUUGCUAUGAAGGCGAGAAAAUCAGCCCUCGAAAUGAAUCAAAAUGAUGAAAUCAACAGUGAAGAAGAAACAGAGCAAGAAGACUGCAAGGAUAUCUACAGUACACAGGCAGGAGUUAUGUGCAAACUUCAAGAACAAGAGGACAUCGGGCGCCUUGAACUGAUCCAGAAACUGGCAAAAGAAAACUGCCACCUUCUAGAGGCAGAUAAAAAACAGCCAGAGAAGACAGAUCAACUGGAUGAUGAAGUGACUACUGUUCACGUGAAGGAGCUGGACCAAGAUGUGCUGGUGCUUAGGAGAGUGUCGUCACAUAGCCCAGCCCCCACAUCAGGGAGUGCCGAGAGCGAUUGGAGAUAUGUGGUAGUAUCUGGGACACCAGAGAAGAUUUUGGAGCACCUCCUGAAUGACUUACACCUGGAGGAAGUACAGGACAAAGAGACAGAAACUCUCCUGGAUGACUUCCUUCUCACUUACACAGUCUUCAUGACAACAGAUGACUUGUGUCAGGCACUGCUUAGGCAUUAUUGUGCUAAAAACCAUCAAGGCAAGGAAGAAAUCCUAGAUAUUUCCUGUAGAAAACGUAAAGUUUUACACCUGGUGUCUCAGUGGACUACACUGUACAAAGACUGGUUACAUGAAGAUGAGAAUUUAAAGCAGUUUCUAAAGACAAUAUACAGGAAUGUAUUAGAUGAUGUGUAUGAGUAUCCUGUACUUGAGAAGGACUUGAAAGAAUUUCAGAAAUUACUUGGAAUGCACCGUCGUCACACUGUAGAUGAAUAUUCACCUCACAGAAAGCAUAAAGCCAUUUUCCAUCAAUUCAGUCUCAAGGAGAACUGGCUCCAGAACAGAGGAACUGUGAAUGAAACUGAAGAAGUUUUUUGCCGUGUGUAUAUAACAGAGCAUUCUUAUGUCAGUGUAAAAACUAAAGUAUCUACUUCGGCUCAGGAGAUUGUGAAAAUUGUGGCAGAAAAACUCCAGCAUUCACAGGAAGAUCUGGCUUUGGUGGCUGUUUCAUUCUCUGGGGAAAAGCAUGAAUUACAACCAAAUGACAUGGCGAUCACCAAGGCUCUUGAAUCUUCUGCUCGAAUGUUUGUUUUCCGAAAGGAUCUAACAGAUGCUCUGAACCAUUUUGCUGAAAAUGAUGAAGCCCAGCAAAGAUCAGUGAGAAUUCUGGGAAUUAACACUUGGGACCUCGCUUUGGAAUUAACAUCUUUUGACUGGAGUCUUUUCAACUUGGUUCAUGAGCAAGAGCUGAUAUACUUCACCUUCAGCAGACAGGGCAGUGAGGAAAACACUGUGAAUCUUAGCCUUUUGCUUCAAAGAUGCAAUGAAGUUCAACUCUGGGUUGCCACAGAAAUACUCCUCUGCAACCAGCUAUGUAAACGUGUGCAACUAGUGAAAAAAUUCAUUAAGAUUGCUGCACACUGCAAAGCCCAAAGAAAUCUGAACUCAUUCUUUGCCAUUGUUAUGGGUCUCAACACUGCAUCUGUCAGCCGGCUUUCGCAGACAUGGGAGAGAAUCCCAGGGAAGUUUAAGAAGCUCUUCGCUGAACUUGAAAGUUUGACAGACCCUUCCCUGAAUCACAAAGCCUAUAGAGAUGCAUUCAAGAAAAUGAAGUCUCCAAAAAUCCCCUUCAUGCCUUUACUCCUUAAAGAUGUAACUUUUAUACAUGAAGGAAAUAAAACUUUUCUGGAUAACCUUGUUAACUUUGAGAAGCUGCAUAUGAUUGCAGACACAGUCCGAUCACUGAGACAUUGCAGGCGUAACCAGUUUGGAAGUGAAGUGCCCCCAAAAGAGCAUUUGGAGCUAAAGUCCUACGUCCAUCAUUUGCACAUCAUAGACAACCAGCAGAUGUUGUUUGAGCUUUCUCAUCGGAUAGAGCCUCGUGUCUAAGUUCACACAAACUGGAGUACUUUCAGUUAAUGUUUAUGCCAAGCAAGUUGCUUCCCUGGGAGAAAGAUGUUUACUGAGUUUUAUCAGUA